CGCAGCAAGCUGCCGUCAGUCUUACAAAAGUUUUGUUCAGGCUCAUGCGAACUUCGAGAAAGCACAGGUCUAGAUUGGAUUCCUACCUCGGCUUUCCAAGCUGCAUAUGCACUGGGAGUUGGGACUAUCAAACCGCAGAAGGCCGUCACGCACCGUCAUACUUGCCCAUCGAUUGUCGAGCAUAUAUAAUUAACUGCAAGCAGAAGCGCCGAGCAUUCGAGUUGAAGCCUUGAAGAAGGGAUAGUAACAUAGUACUCGAAGGCGUCUCCCACAAGAAACCUUCUCUCAUACCUUCGUUUGGCUUACAAAAUCUUCUUCCCAAGUAAGUUUAUCCUCAAUUCUGCGAAACACAAUGGCGUCCAACAUGACCACCAAGGAGAAGCUGAUGCACCCUGUGGCUGCCGCCAAGGAGAUGAUGGGCAAAGGAGGCAUCCUCACCUCCGCAACCAAAGAUACUGAGACUGGUACGCACAUGCCUGGUCCCAAUGUCACUGGUACUCAGAGGCGGCCUGGUACCCACGCUGGUACUCACAUGCCUGGUACCCACACCGGUAUGAACAAUGAGGCUGGAGAGAUUGGCCGCUACGAGCAGCCCAUGACCGGCGUGACUCACACCACUCCCACCACAAUGGGGAAUGAGGAGCAGCUGAUGACCAAUGAGCUGGGAGGAACCCCGACCAUGGGAACCACUGCCGGUAGUGGGGCACGCCCCGUCUUCUCUGAGACUGCGGGCUAUGGAGGCGACAACCGCUUGGGCCUUCACCAACACCACACAGGAACUGGUGUUGCUGGCGCUACGGGUGCCACUGGUCUUGCCGGCUAUGAAGCCGAGAAGCAUCUGGGCCACCACAGUCAGCACACCGGUCACCACAUGGGGCAAGACGUCGGUGCAAUGGGGGCCACUGGCGUUGGUGCCUACGAGGCCGAGCAGCACAUGGGCCACCACAACCGUCAGAAUGACGCGUCCGUCCUGGCCGGUACCCCCGGUCUGCCCGGUACCACCGGUACCAGAGGAGAGGUGUUCCACCCCAAUGACUCAAAGCCCCACAACUUCGGGCUGAACGUGAUCGGGAUGAAUACACCCCACAACACCAGCGACGUGCGCAGCUACGACAACCCGACCGCGGAGUCCGUUCCUCACACGACAACUGCCCCCCACGUCAAGGAAGACCGCCUGGCAGCGACCUCCCUCCCCGCCAACCCCGUGAUGUCCGCCUUGACCGGAGGAAAGAUCCCCCCCUCCAUCCACAAGGGUAUGGAGCAGGCCGGAGUGUAUAAUGGUGCCAACACCGGCACAAGUGUUUCUGACGUCAACCGCACGGGUGCUUAUGACACCACUGGCACCACAGGGGCGCACGGCCACACUGGAUCCAGGCGUGAUCUGGUUUAAAGCGAUUGGAUGAAAACCAAGUUUCUGAGUACUGGCGUACUGAGAUUAUGGAGCUUUGACAGUUGACUUUGACUUCGGCCCGAGUCCUUGUAUAGUAGAGCGUUUACAUAUCAGUCUGCGCCGCGCAUAGAGCCUGCUAAACAACUCUUAAUUGGCUGGUUACAUUUAGAUUUUUGCAAGCAC